GUGGGGGUGGGGAGCCGUCGCGGGCCUUGUGGGGACAUGGAGCCCAGGCCGGAGGCCCCGGUCGCCCAGGGCUGGGGGCCUCAGGGGGCGGCGGCGGCGGCGGGGCGGGGGUCGGGGACGGCCGCGGAGCUCGUGUACCACCUCGCGGGGGCCCUGGGCACCGAGCUGCAGGAGCUGGCGCGCCGCUGCGGGCCCGAGGCGGCCGCGGGGCUGGUGCCGCUCGUGGUGCGGGCUCUGGAGCUCCUGGAAAAGGCUGCCGUGGGGCCGAGCCCGGACUCGCUGCAGGUGUCGGCGCAGCAGGCCGAGCUGGAGCUGCGGCGGCUGCGGGAGGAGAACGAGCAGCUCCGCGCCGAGCUGCGCGCCGGGCCCCAGGAGGAGCGCGCUCUGCUGCGGAGACUCAAGGAGGUGACGGACCGGCAGCGGGACGAGCUGCGAGCGCACAGCCGGGACCUGCUGCAGCGCAGCCAGGAGACCGAGGCCCUGCAGGAGCAGCUCCAGCGCCUCCUGCUGGUGAACGCGGAGCUGCGGCACAAACUGGCGGUCGUAGAGACCCAGCUGCGCUCGGCACGUGACCGCGAGAGGGAGCGGCAGCCCGUCCCGGAGCCCGCGCCGGAGUCGGGGCGGGAGUCUGCGGGUGCGGGACCCGCGGGGUCUCCUGACGCGCCGGUGGAUGCUUCCCAGAAACCAGGCUCCUCUUCCAAGGCAGAGCCAUGCGCCGGCUUCAGUCGAGAAGAGGUUGAACAGAUACUCAAGGAGCGGAAUGAACUCAAAGCCAACGUUUUCCUGCUGAAGGAGGAAUUGGCCUAUUUCCAACGGGAGCUGCUCACAGAUGCCCGGGUUCCUGGGCUUCUGCUGGAAGCCAUGAAGGUGGCUGUCAGGAAGCAGCGGAAGAAGAUCAAGGCCAAGAUGUUGGGAACCCCAGAGGAAAUGGAGAGCAGCCUCAACACCUAUUGAGUGUGCUGACCCCUUUUUCCUCCUGGACCUUCCUGGUCAUCUGCUGAAUCAUUUCAAGCCUGUCACCCCGGGACCUAUUCAUCUAGCCUACUCACACACUGAGACUGUCUCCUAACCUUGCCACUUCUGGAGCCUGCAAAGCCAUCCCGGUCACCCCCAGGACUGUGCAGAGCCUGCCACUCUGGCCUGCCCCUCCUGCAGGGAAGCCUGUUUUGGUUUGAUUCAACUUUCUAUUCUGUCUCUUUUUUGUUUUGUUUUGUUUUUUGGGUUUUUUUGUUUGUUUGUUUUUGCUUUUUGGGUCACACCCGCCAAUGCUCAGGGGCUAUUCCUGGCUCUGCACUCAGGAAUUACUCCUGGCGGUGCUCAGGGAACCAUAUGGGAUGCAAGGCAAAUGCCCUCCCCGCUGUACUAUCGCUCCAGCCCUCUAUCCGUCUUGAAUCACGUCUUGGCUUACUGAUGUGGGCUGGUCACCUUCUGAGCUUGCUGUCCUGAGCCUGGCACCCUUCUUUCUGGGUUCCACUGCCCCCCCACUGGCUAUGCUUGUAUGCAGAUGCUGUUUCUCUAUGCUCAUUUUCCCGUUCCCCAUCUUGGCUGGAUCUGUGUUUUCUGCAACUGUGCUGCACCUUUGCCAAGGCCUAUGUUGGGCCUGACACCAAAGCCUCAAGACAUCCUUCCUAUGCCCAG